GCUCACUGGCUCACUGAUCCAUUCCCCUUGACAACUUUCUCAGCUGAAGCGCGAGGGGCAACGCCGCAACGGCUCUCAAUUCGGCUCUAAUCGAUCAGAAUCUUCUCUCUCUUCAUUGAAUCGCAAAGUCUCUAAUCCCAGUUUCUAUCUCUUCCUGUCACAUAAGAAUCGUCGAAAUGGCGGCUAUGGAGGUUGAAGCUAAAGCAGCAGAAAAAGAAGAGGAGCAGGUGGUGAGUCCAUGGGAGGUUUCCGCCAAGGAUGGAGGGAAGAUCGACUAUGACAAGCUCAUCGAUCGUUUUGGCUGCCAACGGCUUGAACAUUCUCAUAUUGAGCGGGUUGAGCGCUUGACUUCUCGUCCUGCUCAUGUCUUCCUCCGUCGUGGUGUUUUCUUCGCUCACCGCGAUUUCCAUGAAAUUUUGGAUGCAUAUGAAAGAGGAGAGAAGUUCUAUUUGUAUACAGGACGAGGACCAUCUUCAGAAGCUUUGCAUCUGGGUCAUCUGAUUCCGUUUAUGUUUACCAAGUAUUUGCAAGAUGCCUUUAAGGUUCCUCUUGUUAUCCAACUCACAGAUGAUGAGAAGUUCUUGUGGAAAAAUCUCAGCAUAGAGGAGAGCCAAAGACUUGCACGAGAGAAUGCUAAGGAUAUUAUUGCUUGUGGCUUUGAUAUUUCCAAGACAUUCAUUUUCUCUGAUUUUGAUUUUGUUGGCGGCGCUUUUUACAAGAACAUGGUACAGGUUGCAAAGCGUGUAACUUAUAAUCAGGCUGUUGGCAUUUUUGGUUUCACCGGUGAAGAUCACAUUGGAAAAGUUAGUUUUCCACCAGUGCAAGCUGUUCCGUCAUUUCCCAGUUCAUUUCCUCACCUUUUUUCUGGCAAACAGAACCUCCGUUGCUUGAUCCCUUGUGCAAUUGAUCAGGAUCCUUAUUUUAGAAUGACACGUGAUGUUGCUCCUCGGAUGGGAUAUCACAAGCCUGCAUUGAUAGAAUCAUCAUUCUUCCCUGCCUUGCAGGGGGAGACGGGAAAAAUGUCUGCUAGUGAUCCCAAUUCUGCUAUAUAUGUGACUGAUUCUGCGAAAGAUAUUAAAACUAAGAUAAACAAAUAUGCAUUCUCUGGUGGACAAGACUCUAUUGAGAAACAUAGGCAACUGGGAGCAAAUCUUGAGGUUGAUAUACCUAUAAAAUACCUUACUUUCUUCUUAGAGGAUGAUGCUGAGCUUGAACAUAUGAAGAAGGAAUAUGGGGCUGGACGCUUGCUAACUGGCGAGGUGAAGCAACGCCUAAUUGAAGUUUUGACUGAAUUGGUAGAAAGACAUCGUAGAGCUCGGGCUGCUGUGACUGAAGAGAUGGUGGAUGCAUUCAUGGCAGUAAGACCGCUUCCCCACAUGUUUGACUGAAGUUCUCGUCUCAUCAAUUAUUUUCCAUCCAAGAAUUGUUUGAAGAUCGAUGGCUGAGUAGAUUUUACAGGUUUCUGCAUUCGAAAAUUGACUCUAAGACAUGCUCUUUAUUUUGUUGUCUUAUAGAGAAGAUUUGUAAUUUGUAAUUUCAGGAAAAAAUGUUUCUUGUUUCAGAUUGGUUAUAGGCUAUUUUGAAUACGGAAGAAAUGCAAAAGCAUGUUGCAAUGGAUAUUCAUUUGGGACAAUGGCACAGCUGAAAAGUGGAAACAUUAUUUCCACUGAAUAUGUAUUGACAAUUGGUACGGAGGAUUACUUUUCUAGUCACUAGAAGCUAACUACUUGCCAUUGGCCCAGUGGGCAUGGUAGCUCCCCCCAUAAGUGGGAGAUUGUACAUCGAAUUUUACUUGUAA